AUGACCAAACUGGGAAAUGGAAAUGAAGACCUGGAACUCAGCUUGGGCCGUCCGGGAGGGCUAGAAGAAGCCUGCGGUUGUUUGGAAGCGCUGCCCUUCGAGGUGGUCUGGGACCUCAGCUUCUGCGCCUCCCGGGUGACGCUGGUGGACGUCCUGAGCGAGUUCCCGCACGACGUCGAGUAAAUCUACAAGCCCCUCUGCGUCCCUUUGUCGCGCUGCAACGGCUGCUGCAACGACGAGAGAUUGGAGUGCGCCCCCGUGGAGACGCGCCCCCUCGACCUGCAGGUGAUGCGGAUAAGCGUCCUCCAGCGCACAGCCGAGCAGGUGGUGCUGACGUUCAUGGAGCACAUGCGGUGCACCUGCCGGCGACGUGAAAUGCGCUGGAAAGAUGAGAGGCACCGUCGGACAGGGGCCAAGAGGAGACCACGGAAGCCCAGCCCGGCGCCUCUCGCACCUCCACCUGGUUGGUUCUACCACCACCCAAAUUCCUAUCACACUGUUCAUUGA